UACUCUGCUAAAAAAAACUAGUAAACACUUCUCUCCAGCAUGUCCUGAAGCUUCUCAGUCUAACUAUUUUGUCCUUUUUGACCGGUAAGCGACGUUGUGUGCAUUUAAUAGCCCGGAACCUCCAUCCAACAUGGACGAAAACUCCUUAAAACAGAUGGCGAGGCUCACCCAGGAGGGACAGUUAAGCUCUCUGGAGAAACUGAUAACAUUAGGCGGCUCGGCGGCAGUGCAUGCUGUCAGUAGCAAACACUUCGGUCGGUCUGGAGACACCCUGUUGCACUACGCUGCCAGACACGGACACCUGGACAUUGUUGACUAUCUCAUAAAGCGGGUAGGCAUGGAUGUGGAAGUGUACAACAACGACUACAAGAGGCCGCUGCACGAAGCUGCGUCCAUGAGCCAGCAGGCUUGCGUCAGCUACUUGCUCCGGGAAGGAGCUAAAGCGGAUAGUCUGAAGAAGGCUGAUUGGACUCCCCUGAUGAUGGCCUGCACUCGGAGAAACCUCGACGUGAUUCAGGAACUGCUGUGCCAUGGGGCCGACCCUGCACUGAGAAACAAAGACGGUUGGAACUCCUUCCACAUCGCUUGCAGGGAGGGCGAUCCUCUGGUCAUACAACACCUGCUGAUUGUCGCGCCGGAUGUCUGGAGGACGGAGAGCAAGACGCGCAGGACGCCGCUGCACACUGCGGCGAUGCAUGGCUGUGAGGAGGUUGUUAAGAUCUUACUGGAGAGAUGUGACUACACCCCGGACAGCGCUGACAGCUGUGGAGUUACUCCUUUCAUGGAUGCUGCCAGGAAUGGACACAUUUCUGUGGCCAGGAUGCUUAAAGAAAAGCAUCAGGCAUCUCCAACAGCAGCUGACAUACUCGGGGCUCAGCCGGUGCACCAGGUUGCUGUCACUGGCCAGGAGGAGGCGCUGUGUUUCUUGGUACGGGACCUAAAUGUAAACGUGAACCAGAGGGCGACUAACAUCCAGCUCACUGCCUUACAUUAUGCUGCGAAGGAGGGCCACACAUCCACCUUAAAAACACUGCUGGAGUUGGGGGCAGAUCUUCAUGUUCGGGACAAAAAAGGAAGAAGUGCUCUUCACAUGGCCUCCAUAGGGCAGCAUGCAGAUGCAGCCAGGACACUCCUGCAGCUUGGACUCAAAGACUCAGAAGAUGCAUUGGGCACAACAGCACAGCAGCUUGCCAAGAAACCAGAUGUAGUGAGAGUGUUUGAAGUGAGCACAGAUUUGUAAUGGCUCUAUAGAAUCAGACCUGAGUUCUGUAAGACUUGUCUUGGACGACAGUAUCUUGCCUCUAACUUAACCAAACAAUAACCUUAAUAACAUAACCAAAAAGCUUGCCACUCUGCUGCAUGGGAAAUAAUGUCUUGUUUAGAGAACACUAUGCGCUGAAGUUCAGACAUGGGUGGACAUGCUAAAGAUAAGCUUGUGUAUGAUUUCUUCUGACUGUAUUUUGAUAUCAUUAUGAUCCCUUAGAUUGUCAUUGCAGUUGCUAGGAUGUCAGAUUCAAAUAAACAAAACAAAACAAACAAAAAGAUAAAAGAUCUGUUUAGAAAAACUGGUGCAUGUAUGUAAAUAUGUAUGCAUAAAUAAUGUUACAAUUAAACUUGAAGACACUGUUUUUAAAUUCUA